AUGCAGAAGAGGUUCAGCAAGGUGGAGCAUAUUGAGAAGCUUGCUGAUGCAACUUGUUUGGACCCAAGGUUCAAAAAGCAAGCUUUUGUUAACAGCAAGGCUGCAGAGGACACUGUGAAGAGAAUCACAGCUGCUGCAGCACACAACCACCCCAGUCACAGUGAGGAGGAGGAGUCUCAAAAUCCCUCUGUGGCUGCCAGCACAGGGGCCAUGUUUUGGGAAGACUUCGAUGAGAGGGUUGCAAGCACCAGGGCUUCCACUUCCUCAGAUUCUGCCACAUCGAGCACCUCAACUGCUGCCAUGAUGGAGAUGCGGGCCUACUUGGCAGAGCCACUCCUAUCCCGCUCAUCAGAUCCUCUGGCAUGGUGGAGGAUGUGCUCGCCCGUAUUCAAAACUCUGUGUGAGGUGAUGAAAACUAGACUGUGCAUUGUGGCCACAUCUGUGCCCUCUGAGAGAGUUUUCUCAAAGACUGGGCAGAUAAUCACAGACAGACGGAACAGGCUCAGCCCCUCCAAGGUCCGCCAGCUUGUGUUUCUAAAUGCCAACUUGCCUUAA